AUGGCCAGCAAGCAAUCGCCAGGCAGUUUAGAGCUCAAAGGCCCGAGAGCCAAUAGCCGAACGGCUGUCAUCGCUGCUUUGUCGGUAUUUGCACUGACGGCGCUCAUCAGGGGAGGGAGCCUCUUAUCUACACCCUGGUUCCCAUUUGGACACAGAUAUGUUCUCGAACAGCGUCUUUCUACUACUGAUUGGACUUGGUCUACUAUUAAACCAAGUAGAACCCUGGAGUGGCACAAUUGUUUCGAGGACGGGGGUUAUGAUUGCGCCAGACUAGAUGUGCCCAUGGACUGGAAAAUGCCAUCGGAUGACCACAGGGUUGUUCUUGCAAUCGCUCGAAUCCGAGCCACAAAUACGUCCGAUUACAGAGGACCAGUCAUCUUCAACCCUGGUGGCCCCGGUGGCUCGGGGAUCUGGUCUCUGAGGGACCAUGGGAAAAUGCUACAAGAAAUUGUCGGCACAAACCAUGACCUUAUCAGUUUCGACCCACGGGGUGUCGGCGCGUCUAUACCAAGAAUCGAAUGCUGGAACUCACCUCAACAAAGACAGAGCUGGAAUUUGCAAGAUCCAGGCAUCCUGGAAUCUCAUGAAGGUAUACUCGGGGAGCUUUUCACAAGGGCCGCCGCAUACUCGCAGGCUUGCGAGAAAGCCAUGAAAGAAUCCGGUAUCUUAGAACACACUGGCACCACUCCUACUGCCAGAGACAUGCUCGAGAUUGUUCAUCAGACAGGCUACGACAAGCUCAAGUACUGGGGCUUCAGCUACGGCACAAUCCUAGGCGGCGUCUUUGCGGCCAUGUAUCCCGACAAAGUGGAACGGCUGGUCAGCGAUGGAAAUGUUGACUACAGGGAGUGGUUCAAUUCGGCCCACCUCAACUUCGUUCGCGACACAGACAAAGUUCUUUUUGCCUUUUACGACUUUUGUUCCCAGGCCGGGCCCGACAAGUGCGCGUUCCAUGGCCCCACAUCAGAGGCUAUCAUGGAAAGAUUUAGCAAGUUACUCGUUAGGCUGAAGACACAUCCUAUUAUCGUGUCGGCAGACGAAGAGAAAGGGCCUGAAGUUCCAAUGUUGGUGACUUACUCGAAGGUCAUGCGUCUCCUCUACUCCGCGUUGUAUCAGCCACAACACCAGUUUGAGAGCUUUUCCAAGAUUAUUGCAGCUCUUGAAGGAGAAAAUGGACGGCCAUUUUACGAGCACUACAACCCCAGCAAGCCUUCUCCGACCCUAGGGUGCUCAUCGCAACCGAUUUCUCCUUUAGAGCCACUGCCGCAAAUAAUUGAAGCCACAGAUGAUGCUUUCCCGGUUAUCAUGUGUGCUGACCACCCUGCAGUGCAUAAUCUGACUCUCGAAGACGUACGGCGAGAAGUAGACACCAUCUUAGAACUCAGUCCCGCUACGGGAGCAGUCAGCGUACCGUACCAGAUGACAUGCAACCGGCGAACAACUCGGCCUUUUUGGCGAUUUGAUGGACCUUUCGAGGGCAAGACAAGCCACCCCAUACUGUUCAUCGCCAACCAGGCAGACAACGUCACACCGCUCAUAAGCGCACGCAACAACUCUGCUGGUUUCACUGGGUCAACUGUCUUGGUGCAGAAAUCAUACGGCCAUACUUCACUUGCUGCACCCUCCAAGUGUACCAGAGAGUAUAUACAUACCUACUUUCAGAAUGGUUCGCUACCAGAGGAUGGAACAGAGUGCGAAGGCGACUCGCAACCUUUCGGUCCGAAGAUUGGAAAUGAAGUUCGCCUCUACCAGAACCAAUUGUUCUUUUGA